UCCCACCAGUAGCGAACCCCCUCCCACUCCCGCCAAUUUCCCGAACGAGCGCGCUGUCGUGGGUGUCCCCCUGGCGCCGAGCGAGCCUCCUCCUGCCUUCCCCCGCCCGCACAGACAGGCGCCGCGAGCGGGGAAGCGCUCGGCUGGGAUGGCAGCGGGCGCCGCGCGGGGCUGAAGCCGAAGCGGCCCCGCCAUGGCCAAGCAGUACGACGUGCUCUUUCGCCUGCUGCUCAUCGGGGACUCGGGCGUGGGCAAGACUUGCUUGCUGUGCCGCUUCACCGACAACGAGUUCCACCCUUCGCACAUCUCCACCAUCGGAGUCGAUUUUAAAAUGAAGACCAUAGACGUAGAUGGGAUUAAGGUCCGAAUACAGAUAUGGGAUACUGCAGGUCAGGAGCGAUACCAGACAAUCACUAAGCAGUACUACAGACGAGCCCAGGGAAUAUUCUUGGUGUAUGACAUUAGCAGUGAGCGCUCCUACCAGCAUAUAAUGAAGUGGGCCAGUGAUGUGGAUGAGUAUGCUCCAGACGGUGUCCAGAAGAUCCUCAUUGGCAAUAAAGCAGAUGAGGAAGAGAAGAGGCAAGUAGGCAGAGAGCAAGGCCUUCAGCUGGCUAAGGAAUAUGGCAUGGAUUUCUACGAAACAAGUGCCUGCACCAGUUUAAACAUCAAAGAGUCUUUCACUCGUCUGACAGAGCUGGUUCUGCAGGCCCAUAAGAAGGAGCUGGAUGGACUCCGCGCAUAUGCAGCUGACGAACUGACCCUGGUUGAGCUGGAAGAGGUACCAAGCAAGCCAGAUGGUUCAGAGCAUUCUCCCAAGACCUGUUGGUGCUGAAGGCCUCCCAGUAUGUGCGUGCACGUGUUCUUUCUCUCUCUCUCUCUAAUCCCCGGUGCAGGUAGAAAGGCUGCCACCUAGAGAGGAUUGACUUGCUGUGCUCCAUCCUUCUGGUCUUUGGUAGCCUACCUGCUUGCCAUCUGCCCUUCCAGAUCCUCUUUGGAUUCCCUGGUUUUUCUCUUGGUGAUUUCUGUUGUCCCCAAAACUCCCUGGAUCCAAAUCUCUUCUGAUGGCUCUCAGUAUGCAGAGCAUCACCUUGCCAUCUUCAUGGAAGGGCUGUGGUUUGCAGUCAUAUGUGAGGUCUGCCCAGAAGUCUUUCAGACCCCAGAUGCUCUGCAGCUGUGCCCUUUCAAAUAGGGCAAGGAAAGCCAUCUGGUUCUGUGCCAGCACAGCCCGAACUCUUUGAACAGGGCCCUCAAUGAGGAAAAUGCUAACUAUUGUCCAGGCAGACCAUUUGCUAUUGCACCUUCUCUAGCAGGACUGCAGAUGACCUGUUAAGUCUUUCCUCAACAUACUUUGCUAUUGCAGUAUCUGACCUAGUGUUUGUGCAACUUUGUGCAGCACUCUGGUAGGUCCUGAGGCAUUAGCGAUGGGGCGUUAUGGCUGUCUCAAAGGCAGCAAUUGUGUCUGGUUCACACUUGGCCGCCCGGACUUUACUGCCUCAAAUCUCUGUUCCCAUUAAAAAAGAAGGACUGAUUCCAAAGUGCCAGGUAGACCCAUUGCCCCUACUAAAUAUAUUUGCUGGGAGCAAUGUAUGUCUAGCCCCACUGUGAAUGGGAUGUACAAUGAAAUUCAGGGCUAUAACUUUAAGUGAUGUAGACCACGAAGGGAAUAUUGGCUGCUUCUUAUCCCAAUCAGGCUUGGUUCCUUAGACCCCCUGUAUUGUUUGAUGAGCAGGAACGACCCUUGUUUGUGAUAUGCUCAAUAUUUUGUAGGGAGUCUUCCCCUUGGCCUUUUUUUAGGUAUCUUAGAGGGUACAUCAGACAGCCACUUAAGCUAUAUCUUUGUACCAACAGAAGCAGAGAACCUAAUGAUGUGGCAUAUGCUCUGCUCUGAUUUUAAGAGCCCCUCUGAAUGAUUUCCCACUACAGCUCUGAUACAAAAAUAGACAUUGUUUGCAUCAAAUUUACUCCCUUUUUUUCAAUCUCAAGAUCUGUCCUUUAAGAAGUUGCUCAGGAACCUUUAUAUGGGAUCCUUUUAGAAUUUUCUCCACAGCCUCUUCAGAACUUAACCCAGAAGAUCCCAGAGUUGUUUUAACCUUGUCACAACUCAACAACCUUGUCACAACCUUGUCACAACUCAGAACUAUGACUGUAGGCUGGCUGCAUGCAUAUUGCAAUGGAAUGCUCCUCUCUUCUGGCCAUUGUCUUGUUUGUUGGUGGAGGCUUAACAUGCUUGGCAUGCCCCGAUAUUCCAGAGAGUAGCUGCUCCCUGCGUGCCAAUGCUUGAGGGAUGACUGACAACUAGGGGACUUUAUGUAAUAUGUAGUGGCAGUACAGUAAUCCUUCUGUUGCUGUUUCUGACAAAGGCCUUGAAGGUAAGCCUUUCAAUCUGCAGAAAAAUGGUUCUUGUGGCACCAGUCUCUCAAUGUGACUGACUUCCUUUUCUUAGACACAAGCCAACACCAGAUGGCAGACUAAUCUACAUUGCCCCUUUCUUUCCUCUUCCUCUGUCUUGACUUUCUCCUAAGGCCUAUUGGAGGUAAUGAAGUUUGAGUGGGGGAAGAAGGAAGAAAGGGAAUAUAGCCUGCAAUGAAAACAACACUGAUGGUGUUGUUACCAUGAUCCAGAUUUUUUUCCUCCUGAGAGAAGGGUGCCUUGCCAUUCAGAUAAGGUUCCAUUUCAGAUGCACAUCCUCUUAAAGCUUUGCUAGUUUACCUCUUUGCUCAUGCCGGGUAGGUUUGCAUUGGUAUUAAGCCACUGAGUCACAGGAAAACAGUGAAUUCUACACACAGUGCCUGCUGCUGGCAAAUGGGACACAGCCCCCUUGCAUUGGGGACUAUCCAACUAGUCCCUAUUUCAGAGUCUGUGAAAAAGGCAUAACACACUUGACUACUGGAGACCCCUUUAUGCCACAGCUAGCAUCUAGCUAAAGACCUUUCUAGGUGCUAAAUGAAAGAUGCAUGUAGCCAUUCUGCUGGAAUUACUGUGUGUUGCUACCAACAUUGAAAAUAAUUGUUUCCUUGAAAUGGACACUUCUGAGAUAUUUUGGAAAGACUAAGAAUUUUUGACACAAGCAAGGAGGCACUGAGACACCGAGAGCAAUAGAAUGAGCCAAAGCUAGAGAUGAAGUUCUUCUGGAUCUUUGUGCAUUUGCUGUUGGGCAGGUUCUUUGAAACCUUUGUCAUUUAUCACCAGCCAGUUGGUUGGAAGGAUGAGAUCAGGGCUAAGGGCAAGUUCACUUGGAGAAUUCACACAAGACUGAAUUCUUUUCUGCUUCUUCCCCAGCUAUACCGAACACAUGGUGAACAGGCAUAUCAGUUGCAAUUUUGCAUGGCCACUUCACAACUCACAUCAGGAAGGCUUAUAAUAAUAUGCAAAACUGCCAUGCCAUCUGCUUUUGUGUUUGGGUAACUGACUUGCCAUAUGCCCAGUACAAUGGGGUGGUAGUAGUAAAAAAAGCUUGCUGGCCAUGUACAAAAUGUGUGUACUGACACCUCCCUGAGGCUUUAAGAUCCUAGUCUCCCUGGCACAAUAAUUACUGUUUCGCUUGAGUUUCUAUCAAGAAAACUGCCUGAAAAGAGAAGGGUGCCAUUCUUUUUCAGUGAAGGAUGAUGAGGCCACUGGAAAUUGCCAAAGCCACCAUGAUUCCCUAAGAGAUGGAUAAAAAUGUUGAUCCUCAGAGGGCAUGUGUAGUAUUUUCUGCAUAACUGUUUCCUGCCUCUUGCAAUGCAGCAUCACUUUGGUGCCACUUGCUCUGCCUAAGAUCUAAGAACAUAGCUGUCUUUCCACCAGAAUAAUAGAAGCCGAGCUGCUGACGCUGUUGCCAACGCACAAAACAGACUUCAACACAAGUAAACUGCACACAACAAAAAAGGGAGCAGAUUACUUUGCUUAGCUGUGGAGCAAACUGGCCUUCUUGCUUAGCCUCAGCAGUAGCUGUCUCUGGGGGCUGUUGAUAUUUGUUGUCAAAGCUUCUAGCUCUCGAUAGUGAGCAAAAUGAAUCACCCUAAAAGCAUCCAGGGAACUGCAUUCUGGGUUGUUAAGCAGCUGUCUGCUGGGAGCAGGUAUCUCCCUGAUCAAUGCCCAUUUUCUCAGUGUAUGUGCAAGUAGUGCUUUCCAGGGGGCCACAAAGUUCUCCUUGAUUUCAGGCCAGUGUUUAGGAGGGAAAGUGAGGAGGAUAAUGGGAACUGAGUUCUAUAUAGUGUUCAAAGACUCCCUGAUGGGUCAUAGCAACUUGUCUGUUUGUAGCAGAAACUGUUGCACAUAACUUAUCAUGAGAUCCAGCCACACUUACAACUUCUGAAUCCUCUGCUGUGUCUGUAAUUUGUGAAUUUUGCACUCUGACUGGGGUUCCUUGUAUGACCUGUCAAUGUAAGUCAUUAUUUUAAACCAAAAUCUUUAUUAAAUAAAGCUUCUCAAAGUGG